AUGGCUCUGGUCACCCAGGAAAUGGCGCGCUACAAGGUGAACAUCGCGCGCCUCAGCGAGGCACGAUUCUUCGAACAGGAUUGGUUCAAAGAUAGUGGCAAUCAGAUCUGCGAUCUGCUCUCCGAGAAGAUCAGGCUGCACACAAUCUACGCCAAUGGAACUGGAACACGUUUUCUGUUCUUAACACCUGGUGCAACAAGGACACAAAACUUUUGGAUAGAUCGCAAGGUUGAACAGCUAGGUUAAUCGUAAUGACAUUCAGAUUUUCUUCGUCUCCAUCAAGACAUUUUACGAACUCCGCAUAUAAGAAAACAGCCCGCAAUUCAGCGCCGACAGAACAACGCUCUUCCUGGAAGAAGCGUGUGGCUGAGCUUAUCAGAAACUUUUCCAGCCUGUUCUUCAAAUCUCCGACGACGCCAACAGUAGGCUCGCUCAGGCAGAAACAAACAAUCGCCUUGACUUACCACCUUCCUCAAAAUGCCGACUGAGUUGUGAAAGUACGGCGGCUCUCGGCCGAUGAACAGGCUCACUGCACUCUUCCAGGAUACGCAGGGACAGAAACAGAUCCCUAAGGACUUCAGAUAUGCGACCGUUGUCCACAUCUACAAACACAGGGGCAUUUUCCUCCACAACAUCGCAAGGAAAAUCUCCACGUUCGUCUUCCUCAAUCGCCUAAUCCAGCACCUGUAAUUAGGACUUCUUUCAGAAAGUGGAUUCUGAGGAAACAUAAUCUUCGCGACUAACUAAUUGCAGGAGAAGUUGCGUGAAAUGCAUACCGACCUCUAUAUUACCUUUGUAGCUCUGGCAAAGACCUUCGACACCGUGAGUCGCGAUGGAUUCUGGAGAACCUGGCUGGCAUUCGGUGGUAGGAAGUGUUUAACUCAGGGGCAAAGACAACUCCGCAAAGAGAUAAUGGCGUGCAUCAAGGGCAACUGGACAGUUUCGGAGGCAUUUUCAGUGACCAUUGGAGUGAAGCAGGAUCGUGUUUCCACCCCUCAGCCUUUUUCUUCUCGUGUUCUCUGCCAUGAUGAUGGAGGUAACCGCAAGCGGCUCUCUGAGUUCAGCAUCCCUUGCCGGAACGACGGCCAUCUUCUCAACAUCCGACGCACGCAGAAUUAACUCAAUCAUCUAUAAAUAUCGUUCACGGCCUCUUCGUGGACGACUGACCACUGAACCUCCCGACCGAACCCGACAUACAAAGAAGAAUGAAUCUCUUCACCUUCGGUUGCACCGACUUCAGAUUGGUCAUCAAUACCAAAAAGCGAUGGUCAUGCAUUAAGCGACAUCAACGGACGAAUAUACUACGCGCAGGAUCAGUGCCAAUGAAAACUGACUCCAUCGAUGGAGAAAUUCGUCUGCUUACGCAAUACAAUCUUUAACAACACCACAAUAGACGAAAAAGCAGCAAACCAGAUCUCCAAAGCCAGCCACUUCUUCUGCUGGUUACAGAAUUCCGUUCGAAAUCGCUGCAACCCUCGCCUCAAAGUAAAUCUCAAAUACACAGGACGGCAGUCCUGACGACGCUACUCUAUGAGGCAGAGGCAUGGACCGCCUACACCAGUCGAGUUAAGAAACUCGUCCACUCCAACCUCAGCUGACUCGGGAAAAUACUAAAGCUGAAAUGGCAGGAUAGCAUCCCCGACAAGAAUGUCUUGGAACGGACUGCAAUCUUCAGCAUCCACAUCAUUUUAAAGCAAACCCAAUUUAGAUCCGGUGGCCACGUCAUGAGGAUGACUGAUGAGCACCUACUCAGGCGAAUGUUUAACGGCGACGCAGCUACGGUCGUUCACUGACAGGGAGAACAAAUAUAGCGUUAAAAGGACACUUCAAAUGUCCGCAUAUCAGGCCGCGUAACUGGGAGGAUCUCACCCAGAAUUGACCGGCAUGGUAAACAACGGUGAGGACUGGAGCAGGAGUCUGCGAAGCCAACAUGAUUGCUGCUGUCUAAGCCAAAGUAACGGCUCACCAGUAUGUGUAUAUACAGCAGGUGGGCUAACUCGUGACAUGUUAACCGAAAUUCCGAAAUGUGCCUUCGUUUCGAAAGGAUUAAUUAAGUAAGAUUGCAAAAGUAAUCAUUGUGCAGCAUAAUUCUAUAAUAAUUUAGUUAGCUCAAUAUGUCAUCUUUCGAACAAACUUCUUUCCGGCUGCAUACAAAGUUUCUAAUUACGAGAUUUUUCAAUAUCGUGAAAUAGUCGUUCAUAAAAUUUCACAUCUUUGUCCUUACCAAUGUGGCUUGUAAAGCUAACAAUACGGCUCAAACCCACUGCUAAAUUUUAUAAACUCCAUAUGGUCUCUUCUUAAUACCGUAGGGAAAUGUAUGGUUUUCCGUACACGAAAAAUAGACGGCUUUUAGUUUGAAAACCCUGAAUGUAAGUGUAACGGUAGGUGGGAUUCAAAAUUAUUCAGGAAUUGGAAACGCUUUUGAAAACCAAAUGACGCCCUUCCUUCGAUUAUAAAAUUGAAGGAGACGUGGUUUUCUACAGAAUGAACGAAAGAAUGAAUAUUUUUGCGUGUGUUUUUCAUGAAAUAUAGUUGAAUGUAAAAGGUCAUCGAAAAUCUAUGAGAAGAAUGUUUGGCUACAUAAGUAGUCAUUUAUUGCAGUGUAGUUUUUGCAGGCAGCCGAAAAACGUUCGCUCGAAAGCCGACAUCCUGAGGUAACUGAAUUAUUAUAGAACUAUGCUGCCCGAUGACUAGUUUUAUAAACUUACUUGAUUAAUUUCUUCGAAAAGAAAACUCAUUUCGGAAUUUCCGUUGACAUUCAAUGAGUUAGCCCACUUACUGUACGUAUACAAAAAAACGGAAAGGAAUUUGUAUGUAAGGUUAUAGUCAAUAUUCAAGAGAAGGUGAGUAGGAGUAGGGAGAUGAGCCGGCUGAAUUCGGAGAUGAUACCGACGUGUCUGUUAAACAACCAGUUAGGAAUGAAACACCGGGGACAGCUGCAUGGGAGAACCAUGGAAAGUGCCAACAAGUGGGUAGGACGAGUGUUUCGGUGAAUGUUGCGGGAAGGGAGUCGAUGAAUGUGAAGGAAGGGACACCAUCCAUUUGCAUCGACGCUCAAUUGUACCAUCUCCAUCCUGAAUCCGCGCCAAAAGUGUCCACUCCAUUCAAACAGCUCAGUCCAAUUAAUGGGACAUUACAGUGGCGCAGGUAGACGGCUGUUCGGCCUUAUUGGUCACUAGACCCAGUUCCUGCGAAAGACAGCUAACGAGCUUGGACAGUGUUUAAGUGUGCGGUAUUUGGAAGAGAGACCAGGGUUAUCUUUGGAAAGGUCACUCUCACGACACUUUAAUGCCUCCAUCACUAUAAUAAAUCUGGUGUGCUUUUAUUUGACACGGCGCGCUAGGAGUCAUGGUUUGGAAAAUUGCAAACUAACGGAAUAACUGCGUCCUCGUGGUCAGCCCUUUCCGUACGUGUGAUGCCUAGCUCGAGAACUGAGAAUCAAGCUCAACGGCCUCUUCUUAACGCGGCCUCUUUGACAUUCCCACGCAGCUGGGAUCGGGAUCCCCCCCUUAUAUCUGAGACAUCUGUUCCAUUGUGUGGGGAUCUGGUCGUGUGUGACACGUAUAGACGAGUUGUUCACUUUGUCAGGCAAUGCGGCCGAUCCCCAUCCGCUAGUCCUAACUGCGUCUUGCAACCGGGUCCAGGUGGGUGCGGGGGGGAGAAAGUGUGGCAGGUGCUGCGUAAGACUGCUAUUAUAAAAAGACGAAAUCAAGCGUAAGUCAUCCCUCAUGCUUGAGGCACUCGCUGGACAUCGCUGCAUGCGGCGGUUUAACUGCAUGGAGCAUAGUGCCCUCAGUCACCCGUCGGUAAAAAAAACCUACGUAUCUUCACCAGUUGUCACAGAAUAGCGAUCUUGAGCAAGAAUUUGGCAUUAUCGACAAUAAAACUGCAUAGGGAGACCACAGACAGAGAUCGCCAACUGGCAGCUGUUAAAGCCAAGUCAUCUGCUCGAAAGGAAAGGAACAGAAUAAAGGUUUUUAAUUAGUCAGUAAAAAUACAAUUGACAAGUUUUUUAUCUCUAAACGUCCGCCUUUUUGAAAAAAACGGGCGGCUUUAUACGCUUGAUGAAGAUAAACUCACCUGCUUCCAGGAUGACUUUGGAAUCAAAGUGCAGCCCAUCUUUGAAGCCAUUUCCAGUAAUUAAGUGAGACAAGUAAACUAUUUAAUUUAAGUAAGCAAAACCGAUAGGAUUUGAAAACAUUUAUCGAAUGGGAGCGGUGAUCCCAAAAUUACAAUUUUCGGUUUGUUAUUGACAGAUCUUUAGACCGCAGGAAGGAGUUGGUUCUCCACUGCUUUAAGGAAAUCAAAGCAAGUCACAUUUUGUCUUUUAAGAAUAUGUACUGUACGUCAACAGUUAAAUAGAAAGCUGGAGACACAAAUCCUCUAUAUCGUUGUGGGAUUCGAAUUUCAUGUAGCAGAAUAUGAUUUUGCGAACGGUGCGCGUAUAAACCCCAAUUCAUGUCAUUUUAAAGUCAGACGGCUUUCUAUAAAGACACGUACUAGAUCCGAACUGUAGAGAUAGGUUGAGUUUCUAUACAGCGUUAGUCACUUGAGUUUGCACAGGUCAGAUUUCUGUUUUCAAAAUAUUCAGACUUCGAUUGAAGGACUUUGAUCAUCAAGAAAUGUUCGAUUCGCACACUUGACUUACCUGCUAGGAUGACCACACAGGCACUUAACGCUCUCGCGCAAAUUUUUGAAGGAGGCGCCAUAAGGGAUGUAUAAUUGAUUUAUUGUUCGCGCGAGUGCUGUCCUACUAAUAAGUGUCCUCUUAGCGUACUUUAAAUGUGUGCAUGCCGAUGCAGUCCGCCCCACAUGAACUAGCUACGCCCACAUUUUAGGAGAAAGUGCAGCGUGUAGACCGCGAUGUAGCACAUUAAAACAAGCGUCAAGGAACUUAAUGGCCUGUUCAACCUGCAGACAGGGUGGCCUGCCAAAAAAUUCCAUGAGUCCGUUCAUCGGAAGGCUCUUAGCGUUCUGCAGUAAUACUAAACUAACGGUAACGGACCAGUAAUUAAAACCUAGCAUUGAUAACAAAAACGCCCCCCCCCCCAGGUGCGAUAAUGCGAGCAGUUAUUGGGGAAAACCACCUUUUAUAUCACUCACCUUCAUUAAAAGCAGAAAGAUCGCUGUCGACAUUCGUCUAGGACUAGUCAGUAUGGGACAAGUGACUGCCAACAUGUUCGAAAACGUGUAUUUCAAAGGUAGUAAACCUACUAUCUGAGGUCAUGGGCAUGUCUUAAUAUUACUGAUCUGCAUAAACGGGAUACAUGGCGGAAUGUACUAAUAGACUGGGGAUACUAUGGUCCUGAACACGUUAUAGUAGCGCUCCAGUCGUCAUAUAUGGGGAUUCUCCUGUGGUCCCCUGUACAUUUGAGGUAGACUUUUCCUUAAACAUAACGUUUGGGAAAUCACAAUGGAGAAUCCAAAAACCGUGGCCCGACCUUCGAACACUUUAUUUCAGCCGUCACGUAAUUCCAGCAAAAAGAAAAACGUUUGUGAGCUCAAAGCGUCAAUAAAUGAAUCUUCCUCUCGAAUCAGGUCACGCUUGUGCCUCCACAUUCCCACAGGCAUGAUGGAAGAGUUGUCUUUCGAAUGAAACCAAUCACAUUUAUUCCGAAAAGUGCAUCUUCACGCAUUUUGCAUCAAUACCUCGUGUUUCCACUGCUUUCUACCACCACAUGAUUGACCUUCCACUGACAUAUUUAAUGAGUUUUGAGGGGAUUGAGCGAGAGUCUCAUGAUCGUCCCAGUCCUGGGUGAGUCCAUAUCCCCGGGUCAUUUUAAAAACUUCAACUCCUUAAGAAGUCGCGUCACCGUCCUGCAACACUGAGUCCUCUAGUGCCCUUGUGAUUUGUAGUGAGUGUUUCUUACUACCUGGUGGUAUUCUUUGGCAAGGACAUUCUAAAGCAAAAGUAUGCGCUUUACUUACUACUUGCCAAAAAUGCGCCCCCGGUACAUGCAAUUAGUAUCCACACUCUGGACAGCUGCACAAGAAAAAUUUCAUUGCUCAUGCUGUGGAAGUUCGUCUGUCUCGUCUGCUCAAACCGAACCGCGUUUCUUCCAUUCGGCUUAUGCAACACCGUUGUGCAUUAUGCCUCAGAAAAAGUCACAACAAACACUGCGGUUUUGCUUUUCAAUGGACAGAAUGUAUCAAAGAAACACAAGUUAAGCGUCUUCUUCUAAGAAUGGAUUCAUUUAAAAAGAGAAGAUUUGCGCAGAAAAAAAUGCCGAAAACUAACACAGUUUGCACGAUGUUGGAAAUAAACAUGGGUUGGUUUUUUCAGUUUUCCAAUCUUCUCAGAAAUUUACGCAGUGAACCGGAUUCAAUCCUUUGAACUGAAGUUUUCUAGGCUCUAUUCGACAUUUAAUAUGAAUAUUAAGGUCGAAAGUCAUCAGCCUCAGCGGAACAACCUCAUGAUAUUCGUAAGAUACCAACAGGCAGCCAGCAGCGUACACAUGUGCGCUUCCCCGUGUGACUCCCAACACACUUUGUCUUCUCGACUGGAUGCUUUUUUUGACAGGCAUAUUGCGGGAUCUCUCUUAUACCCAUCAAUGCACUUUUGCAGAUCAUUUGUCCUCUGAACGUUCUCUGCUAACCUACGGCUUUGGUACGAUUUAUUUUUUUAACAAUCUAAUCUUCAUAUUCCUAAGGCCUGUAAAUAUGCUUGUCUCACAACCUCGCCAUAGUUCUACAACCGCAGUUUAAUUUAAUCGGUUAGGGUUGUCAGCGUAUUUACGAGUCACUGUUAGUUUGUAGUCAAGUCGCCCUUAAUAUUAUUGUCCCAGAACUGAAAAGCUGCUCGAAGGCCCAGAGUGUAUGAAAGUGGGCCUGUGGAAAUUGGACUGGUUUUGUUACUUUAGGGACGGGGGUAUUUUUGGUUGUGUAUAUUAUGAUACACGCCCUCCAAGCACAGGACCUAACAGAUCAAGCAUCGCGAACGGCGAUGUCCACUAUAUGCUCCACAUCAUGGUAGGUGCAGGAACGGUGAAAUGUGCGUGAAUAAGUUUAUAGUGAUAACAGACUUUUACAGCAUCCUCGCACUUCCUCCUUCUCCACCCCCUCGACUCUCCGAAGUUGGAUCUGGUACAACGUCCACGUUUCUUAGCACUACGGGAUUAUUAACGUCACUGCUAUAUUUCUUUAAAAUAACUUAAAUUUAAUCAACUAAACUGUUUUUACAACGUAACCGACAAUGCGGCGAUCUACAUUGCGAUGGGGACUCGCGCGACAUAAAGCAGGUAAGCUAACUCAUGAAAUGUCAGUCAAAAUUUAAAAAUGCGUUUUCGGUUUGAAAAGAUUAAGUAAGUAGGGUACUAAAACAUAUAAUUGUACAGCAUGAGUCUAUAACAAUUCAGCUACCUCAGGAUGCCGGCAUUCAAAAAAACUUCUUCUUGGCUGCAUGCAAGACCUGUACACUGCAGAAAAUGACUGCUUAAGUAGCACGCACUUUUCUCAUUGAUUUUCGAUGCCCUUAAAUGUUCAAUUAUAUUUCAUAGAAAAAACACAUAAAAAUAUUCAUUCUCUCACAGAUUCGGUCGAAAAUUACGCUUUUUGUACAAUUGUUAACCCGGACAAAGUGCAUAAUUCGGUAUUAAAAAACUGUUUCUAAUUGUGAGAUUUUUAAUACCAUGAUAUGGCCGUUCGUGAAACGUCAUGUCUCUGCCUUUAACAAUGUGGCUAGCAAAGCUAACAAUAUGGCUCAAAUUCACUGCUAAAUUUUAUAAACUCCAUAUGGUCUCCUUUUAAUACCGUAGAGAAAUGCUUGGUUCUCCCUACUCGGAAAAUAUAUGGCUUAUAGUUUGGAAAUCCUGAAUGCAUGUGUAACGGCAGGUCGGGUUCAAAAUUAUUCGGGAAUUAGGAAUGUUUUUAAAAAUCGAAUUAUUUCGUUUUUCCGGUACAAAAUUGAAAGGAGGCGUAAUUUUCGACCGGAUGAGCGACAGACUGAAUAUUUUUAUGUAUGUUUCUCAUGAAAUAUAAUUAGAUUUUAAAGGGCAUCGAAAAUCUAUGAGAAGAAUGCGUGCUAUUCAAGUGGUCAUUAUUUACAGUGUAUUGUUUUUGCAUGCAGCCGGCGAGAAGUUCCUUCGAAAGCCGGCAUUCUGAGGUAACGGAAAUAUUACAGAAAUAUUUUGCAUGAAGAUUAGUUUUACAACCCUACCUAAACGAAAACGCAUUUCGAAAUUCCGAUUGACAUUUCAUGAGUUAGCCCACCUAUCGUACAUCUUACCCCACCCGUAAUCCUACCAUUUUACUAACGGAAAUCAAGUCUAGACGACUGAAGAUGUGCGCGUGCUAGAGGGCGGCGCGGUUGAACUCCCGCUUUUUUAGAGCUUUACAUUCGCCUUACACGACCACCCAAACGGGUUGCAUCACGGUUUCUCGGAGCCAAAACAGGAUUCAACUUCGUUUACGCCACUCGUUAAUCGUGAUGUGCGGAGUCUGCUUGACUUCUUUAUUUACUGCACUAAAUGUGUGUUAGGCGUCAGGCAGGGGUUUACGCAAUGUCAGCCGACAGGCCACUAGCACACGUGAGAGAUCGAAGUGGAUACCCACACGGCAACUCGGCACACUGUCGUCCCCCUAAUAAUAAGUGCGGUGCACUAUGAUACAUCAUAGGCUUGAAAGACUGCCAGCUGUCCGGAUAAUUCGGCCAUCUCGGAAAACUCUAUUUGGACUGCAACGGCUCAUUACAUAGACUUCUGUAGCAUCUGCCAAGCACAUGAGACGCGAGUCUGUGUGCGGUUGGCGGCAGACGACAGUCUCCCGCCACAUCAGCUCUCUCCGGCAGGACAGUGAGCACAAAAUUACCUUGUAUUUUCGUUGCAAAGUUACUGAUAACCAUUUGAUGCAUUACGCUGAAUUUGGAAAAGUCUAUGGGUCGCGUUCGCUCAUACCUGAAAGUCGACCUUGCAUCCGCCUCUAAAAUAUCUCGUGCAGGAUGCCCUGAUGUCACAAAAUUACGACAGUAAGAAAAGUCUGGUUUUAAAGAGUCAAGUCGAAAGAGGAAAUAGUAGCGUAUCGUCAUAAUUGAAAAAUUUAGUUCCCGAAACAGUUUGGCGAAUCAACAGCUUCCACCAGCAGAGUCACAAUAACUGAAUCCGCAGAAGGCCCUCACAGUUGUCUGUCCAUACACGUUGAACUAGCUCUCCCAACGACCGUUCUUUCCGCCGACGAAGGAAAAUGACAAUAAAAUCAUCCAUUGUGGACCGCAAUAAUUAGUUGACUAAAGUGGUGAGCCUCAAACUCGGUGACACUUGAGAACCCUAUCGAAUUAUUCGUCAAGUCAAUGGUAGGCCCCCUGAACUGAGUGACUGUGCGCUAUGUGAGUAACGAUUUUCUUGUUGACAAUUCAGCCGACGUCUAGCGCCGGCGUGAUCAAUUCGACCGUCUCCUCAAUCCUGAUUACCAGCCUAUCAUCCUGCUUUUCCUAUCUGCAGCAAAGUUUUAUUUCUCUUCAGCCUAUGGCAAUGCAGUCCAAAGACUUCAGUAGGUUAUUCGAAGAGGACGGUAUACGCAGUAAAACCUACUGUUCUUAUAUCGACACUGCGGUCUUACGCCCAGCUGGCGAUUAAUGGGAGACCAGAAGAUAAUCGGUCGAAUGUGGUUUUGUAGCCUCACCUGAAGUAAACAAACCCCAGUCAACUCCAGUGCGAGACGGGUGGCAAUAGGGAUUUUUCCAGGUGGAGCCGGAAACGCACAGGCGACAAGGCCAAAUGGCUGUAUGCAAAAGAAAAGCUAUUGGGAAUGCGCCGUUGCACUUUGAAUGGUUGAGAAAUAGUCACGCUAGCCUAACCCAUAAUCCUUAACCCUAACCCCUAACCAUAACCACCUAACUAUAAUCCCUAACCCUAACUCCUCACCCCAACUCCAACAGUAUUGUGUUCAUCAGGUGGGGCUACCAACCCACAUCUUUCCAGAUAAUUUCCUUUUUAAUGACUGGAAAUCGGUCAUCCUUGUGCCUCUUUCCUGCAAAGUAGAUAAGACCAAAUUCGAGAAAAAACCACGGCGUGAUUUUCGUCUGUGUUGUUCCAAAGGUCUUUACUACUGUCAUUGUCACAUAGUUUCAAGUUUACGACAAGAAUUAGUCAAACCAGAGUCUGAGUUGGACGUGAAUGAUCCUAUCGGGUACUCAUAAUGAGGAUGAAUUUUUAAUUCCAAAACAACUACAAGCAGCCGACGGUCGUCUUUUUUGGCUUCGCUGUAGCAUUCGAUUCCGAUCAUUGUGCGUCCCUUUGACAGGCAAUGGCGCUAGAAUGUUGGUGGAUGAGGGUCUUUGUUAUGAUCAGUCCCCACGAUCACUUAAGGAAUUAUCAAUUUCUGGUUAAUAACCCUUUCGAGUAAUCGGAUAUUUAAGGUGACAUCCGACCAUUUUGCCUUCUCUUAUGCAGCCUGUUCAGUUGUUCUAGAGACGGUGUGUUUAUAGGGAACCAAAGCAGUGUUGAUGGUGCAGACUUGACAAAAGGGUGCCGGUUGAAUGACAACGACUACGCUGAACACUAGCCAAGAUGAGAUGAUAAACACGGUGUGAUUUGGAGCUGCAUGUCUAGCCAGGAGUGUCUGCCGUUUCAACCUAAUGCCUGUCAGUUUACAGAAGCGAAAGGCUUAAAUACAGUAAGUAGGCUAACUCGUGAAAUGUCAGCCGAAGUUCGAAAUGCGUCCUCGUUUCGAAAAUAUUAAUUAAGUAGGGUUGUGAAACUGAUCAUCAUGCAGCAUAAUCCUAUAAUAAUCCAGUUACCUCAGGGUGCCGGCUUUCGAACGAACUUCUUUUUGGCUGCAUACAAGAACUAUACUCCGCAAAAAUGACUACUUAAGUAGCAUUCGGGUUUCCAAACUACAAGCCGUAUAUUUUCCGCGUACGGAAAACUAUGCAUUUCUUCACUGUAUUAAGAGGAGACCACAUGGAGUUCAUAACAUUUAGCAGUGGACUUGAGCCAUAUUGUUAGAUAUACAAGCCACAUUGGUAAAGGCAGAGACGUAACAUUUUAUGAACGGCAAUUUCACGGUAUUAAGAAAAAUCUCACAAAUAUAGACUUUGUUAAAACCGAAUUGCACCUCUUCUUCGAGUAUAAAAGCGGAAGACGAAGUUAUUUUCUACCGAAUGCGCAAAAGAAUGAACACUUUCGUGCAUGCAGUCCAUGAAAUAUCAUUGAAUUUUUGAUGGCGUCGAAAAUCAAUUAGAAAAUUACACGUUAAUUAAGCAGUCAUUUUUGCGGAAUAUAGUUCCUGCAUGCAGACGGAAAGAAGUUCUUUUAAAAGCCGGCACCCUGUGGUAGCUGAAUUGGGAUAGAAUUUUGCUAUAGAGUGAUUUGUUUAACCACCCUACUUAGUUAAACUUUUGAAACGAGAACGCAUUUCGAAUUUUCGGCUGACAUUUCAUGAGUUAGCCCGCCUGAUGUACCUCUGAACGAGACUCCUUCUGGAUAUAUGGAUUGAACACAAUAUCAUUCUCUUUUUUAUUGUCUCUCGUGCGAUUUCACAAUUUUCAGAAAGUAUCUAUGGGCCAGAAGCGGCAUAUGUCUCGCCAUAAAAGAGCCGCAUACACUGGGCGCUCGUCUGGUUAUUUCUCCUGAGCGGUUGUGUGUGGAAGACGGGCGAAAACCAGAGGUGUUUAACUGCGGCUGCAUGGCGACCAUCAUUCAAGUGAACCGUACUGAAGUCCUUUAAAUGAGACAGUUUUCGCUAGCUGCGAAGAUACCACAAGGAUAUCUCAGGAUAUUCAAAAACGAUGACUGUAGUAGCUUGUAUAUAAUCUUAGUCGUCUGUUCCCCCCCCCCCCCACCGCUGUUAUCGUUGGCUAGGCGCAGCUGCUUACUAAGGGGCGUCGAAGAGGUAGUUAGCUCAAAACCUGUUUCAAGCUGUCUGCGUGGAGGUUUUAAACCUCCGGUAUUGCGUCUUCUCUAUAGUCGGAGAAAAGAGCGGAUUCAGUCCUCUAAAUAUGCUGCUGCAUGGCGCCACGCGUGGAGGUACAGUGCGUGGCAUCAAUGAGCCUAUUAGAUCGGACGUGAUCACAGUUGCACGAACUGUAGUCUGCGAGGGAUGAUAACUGCCUCGAUUCGCCUUUAGGCGAUUUAAGCAAAUAUAAUUAUUGAAUAACUGAUGUGGUGUGCAUUCCGAGGGGAUAUAAUGAAAAAGAGGAGGCUCUUCGGAAAAUCGAGUUGUGCUCGUAAAUUUUCAAGUUGGUGGCACCGACCAGUCGUCAGACGAAAUGAACAGGGGGAACGUGAAAUCGGCAGGCCAGGUCGGCUGGCGCGACAGGACAGACAACGACAAACAGACAGCUGAUGCGUGAGAGGAGUGGGCACCGAGUUAUAGUAGGCUGUGGGGCAGGGGGAGUGAAGGAAGAACCGUUGGGGCACCAUGUGUUAGAGGUGGAUUGUCGGGUGUUGUCAGGGGGAUUGCUGAUCAGUGGGAAUGCGGACGACUGGUCACUGGUGCAGGAUGAGGUCAGGGGACAAUGCGCCGGCGUUGGAGGUGUUAGGAGUUUUCGGUUGCUGUUCGCCGUAUCUCAGGGGAGGGCAGAAUGGCGAAGCAGCAUACGUCUAUGUGGUCGAGUGGGGGUUAGCAGUUGGUAGGGUGUGGGAACAAGACAAUGAGCGUGUACGUGUCUGUCCUGUGGCGCCAGCCGACCUAGACUGCCGAUUUCACUUUCCCCUCUGUUCAUUUCGUCUGACGACGGGUCGGUGUCACCGAAUUGAAAAUUUACGAGUACAACUCGAUUUUCAAGUAUAAUUAUACUAGCAUAUAUCAUCACUUCCCCGCUUGGAGGCUUUUAAAUUAUGAUUAAUUCACCGGCUGAUCAGAUGAAUCCCUACGAAGUUUUGAGAAAGAACCAACUUCACAACAGUAUGUGACUAUACAAGGUCAGUAGACCUGGCUGGCGACCCAAACGUCGAUUUGUUAUUUUUGAUUCGAUACCCAUUUUUAAAUGAUCAUUUGAAUGCCAGCGGAAGGCAUAGCUUUCAGACAUCUCGAUGUGGGGUAAAACGUAGAAUUAUAAUAUAUGCUUUUGGUUUGUUCGCUGAAUCACAUAUAAGGGAGUUAGUAGAUAUGGCAAAUAUAUCGGGUACGCGCACAGCCAGCUGACUGCUCUGUCGUUUAGACGCUGGUCGCACUGGAUGUUGGGAGCAAAAUAUAAGGUUUUGAGAAGUUCCGUCAAAUAAGCGUCUAGUGGACAUUGACUACACCGCCAUUUCAACUCUGACGUAGGCCGGACAUUUUUUAACGUUGCUUUAAGGUUGCAGAAUUAUGAGAGAAGAAGGUGGAACGGUGCAAUCAAUUCUACCACAUGGUUAACCUCGCAUUCCUUAAAUAGCGAACUGAUAUUCAUCACUCUCUUUCUUCCACUCGCCAUACCCAUCCGCACGACUUUGUAGGUGGGCAGCUGUCAUGGUGCAAUAGUAUCCCAUCGGGAUGUCCUAUAGUGUUCCCACUUGCCAUGCUUCCAUUUGAACAACUACGUAAAACCCCUUUGGAGGCCGACGGCAGCUCAUGAGCUCAUUGCGAUUAACACAUCUUUCCUUCGCACCUUUGGUCUCGCUCAUGUUCGAAAAAAGCCUAUGAGUUCAGUCUUGGGGUAAUUUAACUUUAUGCUGAAUAAUAUUCACUUAACAACAGGUCCCAAAUAAGCAGGUUUGUGUUUCCUAUCGAGUUAAGUUGGGCAGUUCCGUUCCCCCUCGUAAAGCUGACGGUGCAAUUGUUGAAUAUUCGGGUUAACACCAUGGACUGAACAGAAACGAUACCCAGGCAAUCAGUCCUUGCGAGCAAGAUGCGGUGCAAUAAAUUUAAUUCUUCUAACGUAUAUGGGAAAUGGUGUAGGGAAACGUCAUUUCACCUUAGCUGAAAGCGCUGACAAAAGAUUUAUUCUCGCCUGAGGCAAAGCCGUCAAUAUUCACAGUUACCACAACACUGUGAAUUAUCCUGACUCCAUGAUGAUUUUUGAAUUUGAGUGUUCGAAAAGUAGGGAUCGUUCGCCUGAUUGGUUUACCCAUUUAUCUAACCGUAAAUUCAUAACAAUAUCUCGGAGAUUCGCGCACUUAUGUUCUAACGUUGAUUGAUUUGCAAUGGCCACGCUGGUGCGCAUGACGGCAAUCUUUAUGCACAGAGAUGAAACCAAUAAAUGCCUCAUAGAGCUUGAAAGUCCGUCGGUCUGUAUUCGAUGUUGAGAAGACGAUCCCGCGGAGCACUGUCACCCAACUUGUUCAUCGGCAUCUGAAAGCCCUCAGAGAAGGAUAUAAGACAAGUCUCGGAAAAGCGACCGUCGGGGCGUCUCCAGUAUGGAAACCGUGGCAAUAGGGGCUUUUAUGUCUGGGGCUACGGCAAAACACCAGAAAAUGCACGAACACUAAGAAAAGCGGUACAUUAAAAGUAAAUGCGCUAUUUUACUUUAAUGGAUGCAAAAAUCUCAGCGCGACACAAAAAUUCGCCAGAACUAACCAAAAAGCCAACUCCGGAGGGCGUGAUGGUGACUGGACUGUCAGGGUCAUCGAAGCCGAGCCGCACGAGUGGGCGACCAAUCAGACGGAAGCCGCAGCUGGAAGUUCUAGGAAGAUGGGGCACAAUUGGCGAUAAACCAUACCCCCAAAAAGUGAAACCGUAGGCAGUCAAGGUAACCUCGCACCAAACACUAAAAACUAACCCUAACCUGAAAUACCAACCAAAAUCCAGAUCUAAACCCUUGCCCUAAAUCAAAUCCUAACCCCAACCCGUACCUUGAUCCUAACCUUAACCCUAACCCUAGUCCCCUAACCUCAUUUCCCCUAACCCUAAACAUAAUCCCUUCACUGCUAAACUCUUAUCCUAAUCCCCCUACCCCAAACCCCUACACCUCAUCCUAAACCUAGGUGUGCCAACCGUAGCAUACCCAGGGAAAUUAAUAUUAAUAGCAACGUAAUUAAUCGUUGGCCAAAAGAGGCGGCCUUUCGGAGCCUCCCCGAAAAUAACUCAAGUUCCUGUACUGUUAGCUUGGGUGAGAAGUCAGGCAGAACCAGUUGGUAAGUUACAUCACUGCCGACUUCAUUUUCCACUUUCUCUAUUUCAUGUGCUGUUCACGCAUCUCUUACCCUUUAACCGUUUCCUGCCGUAUAAAGCGGACACGAUAUUACCCUCAAUUUGUAUAUGUGCUCAUGAAAGUACUUAGCGUGUAUUCAGCUCUCCUCAAACGGAAUUGUAAACGUGUUUUCUUUAGUCAUAGCUGAUGGGGUCUGACUCUCAAAUUCUGUUUUUCUUGAAUUUUUUCUACCUUGGUUAUGUAUUUUACUGAUUCACUGUCCCGAAAAAACCAGUGCAAAAAGUUAUACCCCGACCAGAAUGCGCGUACGGUGACCACAAGCCCUGUGACCUUGUUAAGAAAGUCCAAAAAUUCCGAUUUUAAAGCGGACUACAGUGAAAUAAAUCUAUUUGUCUGGACUUUGCCUUAAUAUUCAUCAGUGCCUCACCAUCAGUACUGUUAUACCACUAUUAAGGCUCCUCAACAGGCGGUAAUUUCCUCCGAAAUGCAUAGCAUAUUAAUUUUCUUGCCUCUUCGUCUGCGUAAUGAGAACACACUUCUUCAAUUCAAGACCUGCAAAACCAGUAUGUCAAUAAAAUCGUUCAGAACUGACGCCAAGUUGAUAAUUUUCAGAAAUUUUCAUUUUCAUGAUUCCAACUUAUUUGGACAAUUGCCCAUAUCACUACCUGGGCAUCUACUCGGGCGUAGUUAAUGAGUUUGAUCAGAGGUUAUGCAUCAACGAGAAAUUGACAAUGCUUGCCUGGUGUUGCAUAAUAGAAGUGUCGAUAAUGACAAGGAAGAUUGGAAUGGCCAUUUCCGACUUAUUAGCCGUCGUCAGCCAGCCAUACCCAACUCCGAAGUUUCGAAAACCUGGGACUCUAUCCGGUGACCCGUUGGUUAGAAGUCCGGAGCCCACCGAUCGUGUUUCGGAACUCACUGGUUCCGUUGUGCCUUGGAGCUCUAUCCCGAGCCAAACAUCGGGGUCGGGUACGGCUAGCUGGCGACUGCUAUAAAGCCAGAAAUGGCAAUUCCAGUCUCCCUUGCCUUUGUCGGUAAUGCUAUACUGCUUAUAUUAUGCAUUGCCGUGUGGCUUCAGAUUGGGUUUAAUGCAUAACGGUCGUGGUGUUGCACUGCUGUAUGGGAUUUUCCAAACUCUUGCAAUCGAAAUUUAAAGAGUUUUAAUGGUAAUGUGCUAGGAGAAGUUCUAAAUACCUUAAACACAGCAAGAUCACUUUUGACAACGUUGUUCUGUAAGAUAGCAUGCUUGCCCUCCGAAAAGAGAAUGCCCAUUUGCUAUAGCGCCGACUAUUAAUGAUAUGGUGUUGCUCGGAAUGCCUAUUCUAAUAAGCACGUUGAGAAACAUUAGUUCCGGCUCCUAAGGCUCAUUGUAGCUGUACCGGCUGUUUAGCUAGCAAAAUCAGUGUCCUUUCAUUCCGGACUUUUAAGCAAACGGUCACGUAAACACUGUCGGACAAUCGAUUUGCAAUUUCUUAGCUUAUACUUAUUAAUACUUUUCAGUGAAAAAACCUUUUGCAUGUUGAUUUCUACUAGGCUGAGAUUCUCACAAAAGACCCCUAACAAGCGACAAUGACCGCCACUUGCCACGCGCGAAAUUAAAACGCAAUAUAUUUCACGCGAUAGAACCUAAGUUUGCGCAUUUCUAUUCGUUUUAUGAGUAACGGACAAGGGUUUGCACUUUUGGGAAAACUUUCUGCCUUUAACUGAUCAUUUCACGAGCCUAUUGCUUCCGGAAAAAUUCGGUCAUUGACCAAAAACUGCUCAAUAUUUCUUCCAGGAACUUUGUAACUCCCAUCUCUACUCUUCCCGCCCGAUUUGCUAAAUUAGACACCAUUUUGAGAAGAUCUAUAAGAUUAUGGAGGUAGCCGUUUUAAUUAUGGAAACGUAUAAUGCGGACUGCAUAUCAGCCAUUCGGCAGAGCAAAGUUUCUUCCGAUGGUAUACGCCAACUAGCCAAAAUCAGUGGAAUGGAGCUCUGUUUCUACUUAGAACUAAUCCCAAAAUUGCCUUCCAGCUCGCUUCUUGGUAGUCUUCUAAUGCAGUAAAUGUAACGUUUUUUAUUGCGGUCUUAGGUCAGUCUGGUCAUUAUUGCAGCUACUGAUGAUGAUGAAGUUGAUUGCAAUAUAUUCUUAAUUCGUCACCAUCAAAUCAAACUCCAGUCAGAAAUUGGCAUCUGACGCACAGAAUUUUGUCUUCCAGGGAUCCGGCUAGGUCCGGAGAAUGAACAAUAAUGCGAGUGAUCAUAUAAAAUGAGGGUUGAUUACAACUAGGCAUCAGUGAAUUAGUUGGCGAGGUUUGGUUCUGCAGCUGCACAUCAUUGAUGCCAUAUGGUUAGCUUCCUAAAACAACUUUAGCUAGCAUACCUAAUUAAGCCACCCGCUGGAUUAGGAAGGGAAAGAGCGCACAAGCAGAACUCGAAGCACGCGCAGGGAAGCGAGUGAAGGUGGUGUGUUCACACUCUCUCCCUACACAGUUAGCUGUAGGAUAAGGAGGGUGCAAUCACAACUAGAAGGCCACUGGGGGGAACCGCGUGGCAGUUCGCGGUACGUGGCCACUGUGGUGGAACCGACGGUGUUCGACGCCGUCGGAACAGUUCCAUUAGCAAGCCCACUUAGGCACUCGCUGGAUUGGGAUAAUAAAGCUGGCACGAGCGGGACUUGGAUCACGCGCAGAAAAGUACGUGUGAACUGAUACCUGAUACAACCGAGGUUGGCAUUUAAGCACUCCCUCCCCCGUGGCACAGUCACUGGAUGGAUUAAAAUGGUAAGGAAGGCGCAAACACGUGAUAUAUGCAAAGUCAGCGCAUCUGCUAAAAUUGUUUUAGGAAGCUGAUCAUGUGGUAUCAUGAAUUGGAGCCGCAGAACCAGACCUCGCCAACUAUUUUCCACCUGAUGUGAUAGUACUCAUUAGCUAAUAUUCAUGAGUAAAGAAGAAGAUUGAUUAAGCGCCGAAAACAUUCGUUUAUUUUCCUCGCUUCUUCAAUUCGUGUAGAGUCCAGGGUCAGAGAUAAAUGCGGCAUCAUAACAAGAGGUAGUCAUCGGAAAUAUUUGCCAGUCACACACAGUAGUCUAUUCUCACUAUAAACUAUUUCAAGCGCAAGUAACCGUGCCUGCUUUACUUUGCUAUGGAGCGCACGGUGGACAACGUCGGAUACGACGGUCAAACUACCAUUUUCCAUUUGGCAGUCAACGAUCGCCGCCACUGGUCUGGACCUGACUGCGUAGGCACUGUAUGCCGGCGACAGAUCGAUAGAUUGGUUGACUGAGUUCACGUACGAGGCACCGAUUGAUAUCGAGUCUCUGAUUGUCUGGAUCCCUGCGUGGACGAUUAUCUUCGUGGCUGUGAAGUUGACCUCGUGGCCCGUUUCGAAGGUGUGGGCUACCACUUCUGACGAUUCGUCACCCCGCCGCACUGCCAGCUUGUGCUCGUGUAUACGCGAUCCAAGCGUGAUUUCAUUCUGAUCAGUGUAAUUACAAGAUCGAUUUAGGCAAGGCACACGAUAGCAGGGUGACGAACUAUCACAAGUGGGUUACGAGUUUAACAUCUCAGCCACUAAGAUAAUUGCCAACACUGGAAGCAAGACAAUCCAAGAAUCGAUGGCAGUCUGGGUCUCGAGUACGAACUCAGUCAACCAGUCUAUCCAUCUGGUGCCGGCAUACAGAGUCUGCGCCGUCAUCUUCAGACCUGCGACGAUGAACAUUGAUUGGCAAAUAUCUCCCCUAACUAUCGCUUGUUCUGUUGUUACUCUUAUCUCCAGCGGUGAACUCCUGCACGGGUUCCAAAACUGAGCAAAAUAGAUAAAUAUUUCUGGUGUCCGAUUAGUUCUUUUCCUUACUCAUAAAUACAUUAACUUGGAAUUCGAGCAUUAGGCUUCAUUAAAUAGUAAAUCAUAACGAUUCCUAAUUAUGGGAAAAUCAUGGCAGAAGUAUGAUUUGCUGAUUCCGCUUUUCAGAAAAUUAAAAAUGGUCAGAGAAAUGGCAUUUCAUUUUGCAUUCCUUUUCAGUUCUUCAUGAACAUUCCAAGGCUUAAGUAUCUUCCGACCAAGCGCAAAGUGUAUGCAUUGCCAGCGCUAAUAAUUUGCCGAAAAAAAUGAAAAUGCAGCUAGUCUAAACGCAAGACGAUUCAAAACACAACCAGCUAGUAACUGUAAUUCGAACGUUAAACUGUGGGCGUUACUGUGUGAAUUUCGCGUGCUUUACAAGAUAACCAAUACCAACUGAAUUUCACACAAAGGGUAGUAGGGAAGUUGAAUAAUCUCCCUCAAUUAGCCGCGGGAGCGACAUCUCCGCAACUCUUCAAGAAACGCUUGGAUGAUUAUUUGUGUCCCCUGUUUUCCCUCGACAAUCUGAACCUGCGCUAAAAUACCCCGCGACACCCGGGGAGUUUUUUCAAACAAUGCUACUCAAAUGAAUAAAGUACCGUUUUAAUAUCGACGAUUUUCACUGUUAAUGUGUGGUUGUAUCUAACGGGCUGGCAUGUAACCAAUAGGAUUUCAAAGGCCUUGCCUAUUAUCCUUAUCAAAUAAACUGAACUGCCUGCCUAUUGAACAACUGAUCUUGCCUGCUCAACCGCUUGAUUCCCGAUCCAAUAUUUCAUGUGGUAAUUUCGAACAGACGAACAACGAUCAUAGCCCUAUUGGUGUCAGUUCAAAGACAGUUCGCAACCCCACCUCCAACCCCUGCUUAAGUAUGCGAAUACGACCAAAGAACAGACCCCGCUGGUUAACUCCAUCUUUAAAGAAGGGAAUUAAUAAGAAGAGAAAACUAUAGAAAAGAUCCCUCGCAUACCGGGCGCCUGAAUCUCUCAACAGUUGCUAACUGGAGAGAAGCCAGAUCAAAACUCUCGUAGCCAGAGAUCGGGAAGUCUUCAAAAGGAUCUGUUGAACCAUGCCGUGGUUAAUCCCAAAGUCCUUGGCAGUUAUAUAUGACUGAAUAUGCAGCAGGAGGAUCCUAUCCUACCGUUGCGAACGGCUGAGGAUACGGAAAUCUCAGACGACAAGGAUAAGGCCGAAAAUCUCUCAAUUAUUCCGGUCCUCCGUGACGAGAGAAUCCCACAUUUUAGCCAUCCGUUUUAAAGAAGAAGAAAAGCCUACUAUUGAAACAUUUCUAUUCAUCAAAGAGAUCGUUCAGUAGGAGUUGGUAAACUUGAAAGAAUCGACUUCCCUAGGCCCUGAUGCAAUCCGGGCCAAGCUGUUGAAGGGGCUAGCUCCUGAUUUGGUCAGACCACUAGCUUUACUCUUCCAGGCUUCAUUUAGCACUGGGUUCCCAGCCUCCGAUUUGAAUUCCGCAUUCAUUACUCCGCUACUUAAGGGUGGAAGUCGAGCGUCUGCAAAUAACUACAGGCCAGUCAACCAUACCUCUAUUUGUUGCAAAAUCAUGGAGUUAGUAAGAAAGCGUUAAUGCAGUUCCUCGAGCAGAAUCACCUUCUGUCCGACGCCUAGCGCGGAUAUCGCAGUACUGUUUCAUGAACUGUUUCAUGAACUUACUCUUUUACCUUGAACGCAGGACCAAGGCACGCAAUGAUGGCAAUACGGUGCACGUUAUCUUCAUCGGCUUCAAAAAGACCUUCGACAGCGUUCUUCACCAACGUCGCCUGCACAAACUGCGUAACGUAGGAGUUCGUGGUAGCCACCUUGUAUGUAUCCAGAUCUUUUUGACUGGACGGUCCGAAGAGUACAAGUCGGACACCAGCAAAUCUCAGAGGUAACCGUGGUGAGUUGCGUCCCACGGGACUCUGUCUUAGGCCCCAAGUUAUUCCUCGUUUUCAUCAGUGACUGUGUUAGGAACCUAGGCUGUGAUACCAUCUUGCUUGCUGACGACAUGAAGUUGUGGAAGGUUGUUCACGGCGUGACAGGCAGAGACCGCCUGUAAAUAAACUUGAACAGGCCCGAGUACUGGCCAAAGUCCUGUCCUAUACCCAUCAAUGAAAGAAAUUACACAUUUCUUGUGCUCGGCAGCUGCAGCGGCUUCACCCCAAGAUGUACUUUUAAACGAUGCGCCAUUGCAACUAGUUGACAGUCAGAAGGACUUGGGUGUAUGGAUUACAUCUUCACGCAAACCAAUACUGAACUGCGCGAAGGCGACUAAGUUGGCCGUGUCUACAUUGCAACUCACUGGGCGAGCCUUUAUGGGGUUUGACAAAGACAGGUUUUCCAAAAUAUUUAGAACCUUUCUGCGACCACGUCUAGAAUACGCCAUACUGGCAUGGGGACGCUGGACUGUCAAAGGCUGUACUGUCUUAGAGGAGGUCCAGAGGCGCCUAUAAAAAUGACAAAAGGUCUGGGAUCACUGCCUUGUGAAAGCAGACUGUUAACUCUCUAACUAUGUGCCCUUUCCUACUGAUAACUACGCAGUGAUCCUAUACUAACCCUCCGCAUUAUGAAUGGCCUGCUUAAUCCCUUGGGAUUAGUUCGCUGAAGCCAGCACGCCCAUUUUGCGCGGUCGUUCCCUAAAACUAGGCACAGGUAAGCGAAGGAUGGUUUUUCUUUUGUAACAAAUUGGUUGCAGCAUUGAACGCUCUGUUGACUGAUAUUUUACUUUCCUCCUGUAUGGAUUUAUUUGCAUGCGAACUCGACGCGCAUGAGGCUGCCCAAUUACCAACCACGCCAACUCUUAUAACCAGUCGCCGAGCAUGCAUGCACCUGUGCUAAUUGCAUUGAGUGAGUAGACGUUUGUCCUUUUUCGACUAGUAGUCAGUUGUUUGCUUCUCGCAAGCAAGUGCGCAAACGUUUUCAAUUUUUCACUUAUAAGUGCUUUUUCUUAGGCAAUCUGUAACCGCUAGGGAGUUCAAAGGAGUUCGCCUAUCUUUCCUUUAAUAAAACUGAACUGCACUAUGCCCGGAGCCUACUUCCGAGGCUCGCUUCCUUCUUAUCUGAUAUUUCUUAUCCACUGAUAAAUAUUAAGAAAAAGACAGUUCCCAUUUGUAAAUAUCAGUGGCCUGCUAGUUCAGAACCUUCUUCGGUGAGUCUGACGUUUCAACAUACCGUUGCGAUCUUUAUGGCUUGUUCGCUGAGGUGACAAUUCGAGCUGACCAUAAUGGGAUCAUUUUUGAUCACAAGUUCAUGUGAACACAAAAGAAACAGGUAGCAGUGUGUCGUUAUGAAUGUCGAAUUAAAUGCUGUUAGACGGAGUUUGACAACGGUAGGCUGAAGGCUCCAAAGUAUCGGCGACUAACCACAGGUGGUAAUAGAGCUUUUAUGGGCGGGGCAUAUGGAUUGAGGGUAAAGUGCAAAAAAAUAUGGAAAGCAUGUGAGGUAUUUAAUUUUGUGCCGUAAAACUUUCAAUACGCUGACAUAUAUCAAAGAAAACGAACGGGGUGUUAAUAUUCUUUAGAUUUUCCCGAUUCACUGCUGGUUUAUUCACCGGAGUAGAAGUACUCGAGGUCAAAGUUAUGUCAGAAGACAGUCGGGAUAACUCGGUUAUUCUUUGUGGUUCUAUAGCAAUAAACAGUAAGAUUAGCGGAGCACAAUAGAGUUAAUAAGGCGGUGAAUAAAUUGAAAAGUGGACGUACAUUCGAGGUGAUAAGGCGAACAGUCAGCGAAUGACGCCAAAGAGUGGUGGUCGGUUUAUAGGCAAGCGGCAACAAAGAGCAAUACACAAUGGACAAGGAACAAUGAACAGAGAAUGACGAGAACCGACGAAUACGGAUACAGAGGCAAAGACAGGGUGAUAUGAGUAAAGUCUGGUUACUAACAAACGGUUAGUAGCAAAACAAAAACAACACUAAAAUUGAUAUCACACCAGGACAAUUAAAAUGUAAACAAUAAGUGGCAUUUAAAGAAUAAGCCAAUUCAAGUUAACCACCAAUCAAUUGUCUAAAUCGGGACUGGUAACCAGGGCAAUUCAGCCAAUGAGAAUGAAUGAAAAGAUGUGAGAGAGCCAACCGCUCUGAAAUUCAAUGUACUGUGUAUCACUGUCAAUGGACGCUAUGGCAACGAUAUCUGACCAACUCGUUUCUCAUAAUGGAAGGCGAAAAGUAAGUGUUUGGCAACCUCCCUUGGUUAUUCUGUAUGAUCCUAGUCAAUGAAGGCAGUAGGUAUAAACAUGUUUCGGUAGCCAAUUCGAAGUCACUAAAGACCUAAAACCGUCAUCUGUUGGUAUAGUUUAUUCUCAAUAGGCUAUAUUUUUCUCAAUAUUACAGCUCAUUGGGAGCGGGAGCCAAAAGAACUGGUCGAACUCAGUCACAUCCUCGAAGCAAGACAGAAGAAAUAUUAUUGGAAAUAAAUUCAGAGAAGAUGGUGGAAUACUGCAGAGUAAACGCCUUCUGUGGACUGCAUACUGAUGAAUUGCAGUAUCGUCUGUGGCUUGGUUUGAAUAACAUGGGGCUGAAGGAGGCAUGAGAUGUUUUCCUGUCUCGUUUUGCAGAGGCAAACCUAGUUCUUUCAAGCCAUCUACGCUAUGUUCUCUAAGACCUUGGGACUGCAACAUAGCGAUAUUUUUGUCGUCUGGCUUCUUUUCAUAAGAAAUGACCUUUGUAUUGGAAGAACGAAUCCAUACGCAUGCAUUCCAACUGUGCGAGUUAAUACCAUCAGAAGGAAUCGUGAGGUGUAUCGUCACAGUCAGCGGCAGACAACCAUACCAAUACUGCUGUUUUUUAACCCUUUUAGCCAUAGUAAUUACAGGGAAUGCUUAAAUGAGCAGCAACGUCUAAGCAGAACCGAGGAAGCAAUACGAAUGCUUCCGAUGCCUGUCAACCUCGUUCAUCCGUAGCAAACUAAAAAUAACUGUGGCAUCAUCGGCAAUCCAUCGAAACAAUACGAUAAGGAGGAACGUCUAAGAUAAACGGAGGAACCAGUCCGAUCGAUUGCUAAGCCUGUGAGGAGCGGUCCGGGAACGAUGCGAACGCUUCUUAAAUGUGUGGACUGCGCUCAUGAUAGAUAGUGAUAUGAUAAUGAGCAGCGUCCGAUGUCUGUGAGCUGCGGUCAUGCGCAGCAACCAUGAAGGAAGUGUGGCAUCCUCGUCAAUCCACCAGAUCAAUACAAUCGCCUCAGCUGUAAUGGUAAAGUUCACCCUAACAUCUGUGGUAGACUACUAGCCCCAAGUAUCAGCGACUAACCACAUGCACCCGUCUGCGACAUUUCCGUGGAUCGAUGCGGUCGCUCCUAAACUUUCUGGGCUAAGGUCAUUGUGGGUUUUGCUAAGGAAAGGAGCAACGUCUACGACGAACGAUCAAUUCGAUACGGUGCUUUCUGGAGUAUCUCAACACAGCCAAUGUUAUGUAAUGGUAAGGAGAAGAGCAACAUCCAUGAUGAAGGAGUGAAGACAACCGAUCACUUUCCAAUGAUAUGAACUAAAGUAUACGAUGAACGACACAGUCGAUACGAUGCUUUCUGAAAUAUCACUGCACGGUCAAUGGUAGGUAUUGAUUAGGCGAAAAGCAACGUCUACUAUACAAGAGUGAAGCCAAACGGUCGCUUUUCAACUCCCUGAGACAGGGUCAUGGCAGGUUAUACAACGUCCGGAAGCAAACCCCAUGUGUAGAAGAGUAACGAAUAAACACGACCUACUCAAACAAGCAUAGUAGGCAUUCUUUAUAUGCCGUAGAUACUUGGCGGCCUCCACCCUACCCUCGCACGGAGUUUAUUUAGGACAAUGCUAGUGAAAUCGUUGCAAAAACUCACGCAAAUGGAGGCCUCCGCGUGUUCACAGAUUCGGUUUCUGCACGGGUGUCUCGAUAACAAUGUGUUACUAAAAUGCGUUUCAUACAAGCCCCCGGUGAACACGGAUUUGGCGAGACGAGCACUAUUUCAGCUUGGCAAAAGAAUGAUCCGGUUCUCCUCAAACAUUAUUACGCGAGACUUCCCAAGUACUGUCAGAGGAUUGGUCGAGAAAAAACCAGAUGCUGUGAGUUCAUGGGUGUGAUCGGUACAAAUCUGCUCCUGUAGAGGAUGGCUGAAGGAGCCCUCGAACAGCGAAUGAUGCGUGACGCAGCACUGUCGAAUAAAUUCCGAAAGCUGCCCAAUUCUACGUCGUCCAGAAACGACAAACUGGUGCACAACCUGUCAGCAAAGAAGCGGACGAAGGAUCAGUUGCAGGUGUCACGGCACGAAUCUUCAUUCAACGCGGCUGACGCCAAACCUGUUAACAUGAUUUUCUCAGUGGAAUCAAUCCUUAUUCGGACGGAAGUAACGGAGGAGACUAAGUGCCUCUUCCGACACCAAGUGCCUUUUCUCCUAAUGGCCCACAGGCCGCGGGAAGUACUUUCCAAGGUCGAACGUGGUGCGCCUAGAGAGCUCAAGGCCGACAAAGGCGUGGCCGUCGUGCCAGCGGACAAGAAGCGCUCCACGGCUGUUUUGGACAGGAUAGACGACCUUCAAAAAGCCAAAGGUUUACUGGAAGGCUGACAGUUCUAUGUCCUAUGUGAAAUAAAUCCUGUAAAAACUCUGGCACAGGAUAUAAAUGCUACGUUGUUCGUCCUGGAGAACUCAAGACAAUAGCACCGACCGACAGACGCUUGGCAAGACCCUAAGAUACGGCUUUGGCUGGACUCUAUGGCCUCCCUAAGGUGCACAGGGAGACUUCUCCUCUCCGAUCCAUCGUGUCGCUCAAAGGUACUUCAACAUACAGGUUGGCAAAGUGGCUGUUCCGGUGUGUAAAGUUCCUGACCGCUGAGUCAGACACCAUGGUCUCUUCUCAGCACAAUUCCUGGAGAAACUCAAAGGCGUAAGCCUCCAUCCAAAUGAGGUCAAGAUAUCUUCUGAUGUUACGUCCCUUUCUAAUUCUAUUCCUCAGGAUCUGGCGAUCGAGACAAUUAGGCUGCCUCUACAAAGCAAAUACGAUGAAACGGAGAAUCGUCUUGUACACGCCCAAGUCCUUCAGCUCCUGAAGUUCUGUCUCAGGACGUGCUUCCCGUUCUACGGGACAAUCUACGAACAGGUGAAGGGCACACCAAUGGGUUCGCCGAUUUCGGGAUUCAUCGCCGAGGCGGUCCUGCAACGGUUAGAGUCGCUGGUCUUCCAACACCACAAACCGACGUUCUGGGCCCGGUAUGUAGAUGAUACCUUCGUCGUUAUCGAUCGGGAUCAACUGCUGACAUUCAAAGAACGUCUCAUUUCGGUCCUCCCGAACAUACAAUUUACGAUGGAGGAGGAAGAGAACAACCAGCUGGCCUUCCUAGAUGUCCUCGUAUGCCGCAAAGAUUGCGGUGGCCUAAAGACCAAAGUGUGGGGGGAAGCGACAAAUACGACGUAAGUACUGGACAGAAGUCAGCCAAUCAACCACAAACGUAGUUGUGUAAGGCCGCUUUGUCGGCGUGUCAUAACUCACCGCAGUGAGCCGGAAGACGAAAUUGCCGAAAUACAAUACCCUGGACGGGUCUUCAAAGCCAACGGCUACCGGAGCAACUUCGUCGACCGGUGCAUAUGUAACAUGGACGAAAGGCUAAACCGCACGGACCCCAAAUUUUGGCGGGCGCUUCCGUAUGUCAAGAACGUUUCGGAAACUGUCGGUCGCUUUCUCGCACCACGUGAGGUUGGAGUUACACACAGACCGGAGGCAACCGUCAGGCGUCAGGUAAUGAAACCGAAAGAUCCGCUGCCACGGCAAGAAACGUCUGGUACAGUUGCGGACAAGGCAGCUACGUUGGAGAAACUGGAAGACUGCAACGAACGCGAAUGGCCCAACACACGCAUCUGUGGGAAGAAAUGACGCCAGCUCUCAAGUUGAGGCUCAUUCGAUGAGAGCCGAUCACACAUUCAAAUUCGACGAGGCCGAAAUUCUCACUAGAGGGGACAACCGCGUGAUUCGCUAACUGCUUUAGUCAUGGCUCAUUGGUCCCCGGUCUAUUAACAAGUGAAACGAGCUUCCCCUUCCACAGUCAGUGCAGGGACUUUACCUAGGUGGAGUAAUUAGCCACACGGGAGCGCAGAGAUUACCGCUGUUCCCGACUCCUGAGUCGGUGUGUCAGAUGGCCGAGCAAUCAUCGCACCAAAAUCGAACACCCGCGAUUAAAUUACAGUGAUUAACGACACGAAUGUCGGCCACCAAACAGCCAUUACUCCAAAUGCAACAAUCCCCGAUGAAGGGGAACCCGUGAAUUCCCACAGGUAUGCGGUAGCAUGGCGACUGCAUCCUAUAAAUACUGCAGCCCACUGUGCAUGAACGACCCUUAUCUUCUAUUGUCUCUGAUGAUGGGAUCGAGCAGGAAUCCGAAACGUCGGGCGAAUAAAGCUCUUGUCCCAGUAAUCGUAUUUCCUUUUUCAUAAAUGGCGCUGUUGAUUGUGCCAACUGAGGACCAACUGUCUAGAACCGGUCUGGCCAUCUUUUCGUUGUCUCGGCCGAUUACACUUAAUUCCCCGAAGACGAAUCUGUGUUCCUCCUGUUGUAUUUGCCCAUAUACCAGUGACAACUUAUCCUCGCGGUUGAUUGCAAGUUGGUGCACGUAAAAUCUUUUGCAGAGGCGUUUGCCCGUUUCACCAACAUACCUCGGACUGAAAUUUCAGUGAGGUAUGCUGUAAAUCACUGUUGAUUGUUCACUUGCCGAUAGCUGGUAUUGGGGUCUCAUUAUCUGUUGCCUGAUAGUGGAUUUCGGUUUCCGGGACAUCCCAACCCCAAAAGGACUCACGAUUCUUGCUGUCGCCUCAGAAACAUUCCGCACGUAGGAGAUCGCGAGCCAGAACUUCGACUUCUCAUCGUUAGAUCGUUCGCGGGUAAGUCCUCUUCGGUACUCACGUAUAAAGGAGCGUGGGUAACCAUUGCCUGUGAAUAGCAAAUGUAGGUAUUUCGCUUCCCCCUUCUCCCGUCCUCGUCAGAACAGUGUGUCUGAACUCCUUGGAAAAGCGUUCUGAUACAACUGCGUUUGUGACCAAUGGGGUGGUUACUCCGGGAUUGGAGGAUGAGUCCAGUAUUCGUUGCCUUUCGGUAUACCGUAAUUCUGAUCCCCCACUAGCCAUCUUAGUGACGUUUACGUCAAGGAAGGGUAACUGGUUGUUGUUCUCCUCUUCCAUUGUAAAUUGGAUGUCGAAGAAUAUUGAUUUCAACAAGACCUUGAAGUCCUGAACGUCGUUUCUCUUGAUUACGGCAAAUGUGUCGUCGACAUAUCGGGCCCAGAAUUUUGGGGGUUAGGAAUGGAAGACCAGUCCCUCAAGCCUUUGCAAAACAGCCUCGGCAAUCAGACCAGAUAGCGGGGAGCCCAUCGGUGUUCUCUUCUUUUGCUCGUAAAUCCGGUUGUUGAAAGUGAAGAAAGUUCUGAGGCACAAUUCCAGGAGUUCGAUGACGUGCGUUCGUUUAAUUCGUUGAUCAGUUUCAUCGUACUUUUCCAGAGGAAGCUUGUCAAUGGUGUUGAUGGCAAGGCUGGUUGGAAUGGCGGUGAAUAAGGGGACCAAGUCAAACUAUACCACCAUUUCGUCUGGCUAUAUUUCCAGGCAUCUGAUACUCCUCAGGUACUGCUCAACCGACUUUACCGUUCAUUCGGAAUUCUCGGUCAGGAAACGGAAUCGUUGGUAAAGCCAUUUCGGCAGUCCAAAGGUUGAGAUGCCGCCUCUACUGGGCGUAGAGGCACCCCUGGUUUAUUCACUUUUGGCAGACCGUAGAAACGCGUCAUAUUCGCAUCGGUCCAAACACACUGUUGUGACGAUGCGAGAAGGGAAGAAGCAAAAUACCUACAUUCCCUAUUCACAGCCAAUGGUUACCCAUGAUCCUUCAUACGUGAGUGCCAAAGAGGACUUACCAGACGUUACGUACGAGGCUUCAGUCAGUCCAGACGGGGCCUACAGCACUGGCGAACAAAUUGCGUCUCUCAACAGUUGUCACUUUCGCAGCAGGGGAAAGAGCCAGCCGGGAGUCACACGACCGACGCGAGAAAUCGACCCGCCGAGAAGCCCAAACAGCCGAACACGAUUCGCACAUGCAACGGCAGCUGAUCAGCCGAUCGGGUUAUGGCGGAGGGCCCAAGGGCACACGAACAUCGACAACGACGGCCGGGCAGGGGACGGAGGUCACACGAGCGCCCCAGCGGUCAGCCACGAAGAAACCAGAGCCUAUCCCCCGCCAGCAGGCAGGUCAGAGUUCGUACACCAGGGAAGCCUAUAACACGAGCCAGGCGGUGAGACAGAACAACUGGGCUAGCAGGAACAAAUACCACAACACUCUGAUGAUGGAGACGAAGGUUUCCGAAACGUCAGCACAAAUACAGUGUGGUCCAUGGAAUCGCCUCCCUUUCUUCUUCGUCUUCUUUUUGGGAUGAUGAACGGGAUAAUUUAUUUGGAUCGCAAAUCUUCACUCAGGCUGAAAUAUAUAUCCAUCAGUCUUGGCAAUUGUUGGUUCAUCCUGUUCCAAAGACUCGGCAAGGACUCCCGGGACUAAUUCCCCUUCUGUAAGGUGUUUCAGUGUUUUUUUAAAUACACGUGUCCGGCGAUGUUAUAGGGCUUGCAAGCGCUCUACUCCAACUCCUAGAUCACUAUCUUAAAACACACUUUUUCUUCCCCAGACAAUGCUAUCGACAAUUAAAAGACGCUCCCAUGUCUCUCACAAACAGAGUGCAGUCUACAGCCUUCUGAAUCGAGCCAAAACUCACUGCUCUAGUGAAACAGGUUGUCGAGCAGAAAUGAAAUACCUCUGCAAAUUAUUUUCCCAAAAUGGGUACGCAAAUGCCUUUAUACGUCAAUGCAUGAGGCACUAGUAACCCAAGAGGAAAGGUAUUUCCAGUGAUACGGCCGCUCGGACACCAAUGCCGGUCACCUGGAGACCUCACCCAUACGUAAAAAAUGUACCUGAACUAGUCGAAAGGCGGCUAAAAAUAUCAGAUUCACAUAGCACAUUCACCGGCAACUACCCUACGCACACAACGCGUACACCCUAACGACAAGGUUGGCUGUCUCUAUAGAAAAGGGUUUGUCCACAAAAUCCCAUGUCCCAGUUCUGACUCCGUCUAUUAUGGCUAAAUGUGGGAAAUCUGUCUCGACCCGUGUACAUGAGCGUCAGUCAGCGGUGAAGAGACGCGACCAUCUUUGUUAACUGGCCAUGCACACAGUAGGCACUGGACGCAAAUUUACGUCGGAAAACACUCGCAUCGUUUGCGCCUGCCCAAUAUGGAAGGGUUGCGAAUUUCUGGAAGCAGGGCGCUCAGAUGAGGCAUACAUUAAUCACCAUAUCGAUCCAGGUGCCACAUACAAAACCGUUAAUGACAAGUUCAAACUGCCGCAACCAAUCCCGAAGAGGUGACAAAGUGCAAUUAACACGUAUUGACUCAAACGUUGACCGAUUAUGGAAUUCUUUGUUAGGCAAAGUCAAGAAAUGAAUCGUUUUUGUACACCCAUAAUCUGACGACCGAUGGGGGAACUAGCCUCGAAACUUUAUACAAUAGAUUUUAGCUUUCCCUAAGAAUGUCAUGUUCCUAAAUAUAUGUAUAUGUGCAUAUGCACUGGUAUUAAUUACUCUGUAAUAUUGAUUUGUCUUCCUUUCUGUACGUAAAAAUGGCUUUGCUCUGGUCCUAGAAGUCAAUGUGAAGAGUGGCUUUUCAAUGUCGUCUAACGUGUGUGUGCAAAUAGCAGAUUCUAAAUUGCAGGUUAGAGAAUGGUUGUAGUAUUCAUGAGUCCGGUACUAUAUCAGCUAGUCAUCUUGACUUCUCAGAAUUAUUUGUCUUCGUAUUUUAUCAGGUUUUAAAUAUCAUACCCAGAUUACUUGUUCACGCACCCCUUAGUAUUUUUACUAUCAACUUUUUGGCCAAACUUGCGUGGACAUGAGGUUGCCGUAAACUUUUAAUGUCCAAAAUUAGUUAAAGUGAAUCCUAUUGAUGAUAGCAAGCGCGCAUUACGUGUACUUUUUCUAACGCACUAAUAGCUUUUCUGCUCAGCAGCAGUAUCAAGCUGUCAUGGGUGAACUUUUCUCAUCUUAAUCCACUCGUUAACGUGAAGCUAGAACUAGAGGGUGCUGGUCUCUUUCAAGGGCAUGGUCGCUUGGUACCGCAGGGAACUGAAGUAGGAACCAGUGGUCGGACAUGCUUGUUGUGAGUAAAGUUAAGCUAAGAAUAUGCAAAUUUGGCUUUUUUACAAAAGGUAUGAUUCGCUUCCUGGUGCGGGCGAAUUCAGUGCUUUUGCGUCAAAGUUAGUCUUCGAAAUAUACUGUGUGCCAUGACGUCCGCUUGUCCUCGCUUUUGCGCCCAUUGCUCCCUUCGUGGAAGACAACGUCUCUGUUCAUGUGAGAUAUAUCUCCGAAUAAUUAUAAAACGUUACAAGCCCCACAGCUAGUUCGGGUGAUGACCAGAAUGCAUUAAUUGACGGUUUAAGAAAGAAAUGGUUCAUGGUUGAGACUCUUUUAUUGCUUUAGUGAAAGGACGAUGUACUUCACGAAGUACCGGUAGGCAAAAAACUUGCUUGUGUUUUUACUUUUUCUAAUGAAAUCGAAAUUUAAUUUAUAGCUACAUACGUGGUUUGGAAAAGUUUGAGAUACUCGUGUGCAUUAUUCAUCUAGCUGGGCGGAUUCUGAUAUUUAUCAUUUUCAAGUAGAUGAGUUCACGUUUGUUGUUAGCAACUAGUUGGCAAAUAACGAAAAACAAUGGAAAUUGAGGAAGACUUAGUCUUGUUUCCCUAUGAUGAAAUAGCCGAACUAUGCUCCAAAAUUUGCGAAUCAUUACUCGAGAUUUUAAAGUAGCAUUUCAAAUUUAAAAGCAAGGCUUGUCAUAAUGGCGUAUCGGUUUUAAAUUUCGGACCCUGUUAGGGGGCAUGUGUCGACCCCACUGGCCAGACAGUUACAACGGACUAUCAUGUACUAUCUAGAGUUUUUCGAUGGUCGCGCAUUCUUCAACAUUAAAAGUCGUGAUAAGAAACUGCGCUGCUGAAGAAAAUCAUAAACUGGGAGCCUCUUAGAGGUAUUCGUUGGAAUAUUCGUGCGUUUAAGCUGAUAUGCUUUAGAAACGAUCCUACGCGUUUCAAUAAAUUCAUGUAUCUCAUGGGUGUAAUGAUUCCGCUUCACAGAAAAAUGACGAGAGACUUUUAAUUAUCUUUUUAAUAGGUUGGGUGCUCAAGAUUUAGGAAAAUAUAACAAUCUAUAAGAAUAAAUACACUUUUUUAAUUUAGCAGUCAGUUUGGCAAACACGUGUUUUCGGUAGCUCUUCAUCAGGCCGAAACGGUUACAUAGAAGUUUAAGUUAUGCGGAGUUACAUGGCUUAUAAGUGAUUCAGGGACAAUUAGCAUCCAUCGUUCCCACGCCACUCGCUUGACGAAGCGUGCUAUGGAGUGGUCGGCGUGCCGUGGUCAUUCGGCCAAGGGGGCGAUGGAGAGGGGGGACGUAGGCUGUGAGUACGUCGGGUACGUUGUUCACACACCCUGCCAUAAGGAGGUUCUGGCGACGUUGGGGUCGGCGUUCGCCACGGAAGACAGAGCGCCUGUGUCAGAGUCUUCUGACAGCCUAGCACUGGAUCACUUAUAAGUCAUGUAACUUCGUAUAACUUAAACUUCUAUGUAACCUUUUUAAUUAUUGAUUUUUCAGUCUUGAGCUUUUUUUUAUCGGCAAGCAACCACAAGAAACGAACUGUUUGGUGAUACCUUCAGGAUAAAAUGAGCGCCGAAGACCACUUAAGAACAUGCAUCCUACUCAAUUAACCGUUUCUUCCCCAUCGAGAUUAAUAGAUGUCGCUAAUACUUCCAGUAGGAGUGUCCAGUUGUGAGUCCGCGUGGCGGUCGUUGUAGGUCGCUCACUUGCUUGCAGGUGUUGACUACGCCUAGCGUCCAUUAACUGGCACCCAUCUCUCACCUGUGGCUUCCUGAAGCUAAGCUCUACCUAGCAGCCACACCCCGGUAACCGCCUUGACCGACGGGCUACACCAGAUGAGGGUAUCCGCGUGUGCAUCUCCGCACACGGUAACUCGACUCCGCUGGCCGGAUGGAUCACCACCUCGGUAUCUCUGGACGAAACUCCAUCUGCAACGCCGUGGGAGGCCACUAAAUAAGUGUGCCCCAGGUAAGCCAACGCUGCUCUGCCAUCUUUGUUUUUGCUUGUUCUUGUCUGCUUGCUUUGUGUCUGCUUGUAUGUGUUUGUCCUUGUUGAAAACCAAAUUUCGUUCUGUUGAAUUUCCUGUGUUACCUUUGCUUAUUGUUAUUCUUGCCUGCUUGCUCUUUGUCUGCUUGUUUGUGUCCGUCCUUAUUGUAAGCUAAAUGCCAUUCUGUUGAAUUUCUCUGCUCGCGACGGGACGCGGGCGUCGUCUUUGACAACCGAAAUGACAUCGUAGGACGACUACUCCGUCUGCAGCAGGAUAUAAACGAUCGCCUGAUGAGGCUCCGAUUGCCUUUCCAGGGAGACAACUUCGUCACCAUCAACAGCGCCUACGCCCCUGGCGACUGUGUUGAAGGCGGAUAAGUUGAUUGUCCUUGGUGACUUCAAAGCCCGCGUCGGCACCGAUUACGCUGCCUGGAGAGGAGUGCUAGGUACCCGUAGCCUGGACGGCUUCAAUGACAAUGACCUGCUCUUCCUACGAACCUGCACAGAAUACCGGCUCAUCCUGGCCAACACCUACUUCCGCCUCCCGAUGCGAGAGAAGGCCACCUGGAUGCACCCUCGGUCGCGACAAUGA